AUAUCGUCACUUUAAGAUCUGUACCGAGUUAAAAUCAAACCGCGAAAAAGCUCAAGCUCUACGCUGCGAAUCAAUGCAAGGAGGAUCAACUGGAAUCGGUUAUGGUCUCAAAUAUCAGGCACGGUGUAUCGCCGACGUGAAAGCCGACACGGAUCACACCAGUUUCCUCACCGGAACUCUCAGCCUCAAAGAAGAAAAUGAGGUACAUUUGAUUCGGCUUUCUUCAGCUGGCACUGAAUUGAUCUGUGAAGGUCUCUUUUCUCAUCCUAACGAGAUCUGGGACCUUGCUUCGUGUCCCUUCGAUCAACGUAUAUUCUCUACUGUUUUCUCUUCCGGUGAAACAUAUGGGGCAGCAAUAUGGCAGAUCCCUGAGCUGUAUGGCCAGUUGAAUUCUCCACAACUAGAGAAGAUUGCGGCUCUUGAUGCUCAUAGCUCGAAGAUAAAGUGCACACUUUGGUGGCCAACAGGAAGGCAUGACAAGUUGGUUAGCAUUGAUGAGCAGAAUCUUUUCCUCUGGAGUUUUGAUACUUCAAAGAAAAAUGCACAGGUACAAUCACAAGAAUCAGCAGGUGUGCUACAUUCUUUAUCUGGGGGCGCCUGGGAUCCUCAUGAUUAUAAUGCUCUAGCACUAACAUGUGAAUCAUCAGUCCAACUUUGGGAUCUACGGACAAUGAAGAAAACAAACUCAAUUGAUCAUCCCCAUGUCCGUAAUUUAGAUUACAAUGUGAAGAGAAAGUUUAUGCUUGUAACGGCUGAAGAUGAAUCUGGGAUACAUAUAUGGGAUCUUAGAAUGCUGAAGUUUCCCGUCCUUGAGCUUCCUGGACAUGCUCACUGGACAUGGACUGUCAAGUGCAAUCCCGAAUAUGAAGACUUAAUUCUGAGUGCUGGAACUGAUUCUGCUGUCAAUCUGUGGCGGGCUUCUCCUCCUAGUGGCGACAAACCAUCAUCAGAGAGCUUUGACUCCCCUAAUAGGCCAGUCGAUCCAUUGCUUAACUCAUAUAGUGACUAUGAAGACAGUGUGUAUGGACUUGCUUGGAGCUAUCGAGAGCCGUGGAUAUUUGCAUCAUUAUCAUAUGAUGGAAGGGUGGUUGUAGAAUCGACAAAGCCUCAUCUUCCAAGAAAAUGAAUCAGAACAACCGAAUAUGUCCCUUUCCAAACAUGUAUUCUUGAAAUUGAACCAUGUGUUGGCAAUGGAGUUAAUGCUGCCGAGGUGGAAUAUAGAAUUUUGCAGGAGAUCUCUUUGAUUUUAUCUAGUAUGACGUUUGCAGUUCAUUUCAUGCGGAAGCUUCUAAGCCUGCAGCUUCACUCCAGAUUGAAUUUGCAAAACGUAUGGCACAUGGACAUUUACGUCUUCCAUUCACAUUAGUUUAUGGUUGUCAUAUCUUUGCACGUUUUAGAGGGUCAGAAAAGAGUGAUGUCAUGAACUUUUUCAUAAACUUCCGACCAGGUACUUCAUAAUGGGAUCCACCCAAUGUUAUUGUCCAGCUGACUAUGUCACAAGAUCACUAAAGUCGACAGAUUCUUGUGUGGCCAAGUGUUAACUUCUGUGUUGAUGACAACUUUUCCUUGAACAAACAGAGUACCCGGUUCAUGAUGCCCUUAUUUUUUUAAAUUUUUACUCUACUCGUCUAGUUCCGCGAAUAGAUAUUACUAUGUUAUUGUUCUGUAAAAACAUGAGACCGUUGUGAUUGCAGUUAGUAUUUCAGGCUGAUUGGUUGAUUUGUCUAUCGUAUGAUUAUGAUUAUGAUUAUGAUUA